UGGUUUGUUGGUCACUUGACAUCCUUAAAUGGGUGGGAGUGGACGAGCUCGUUCCUGUUUUUCCCCCAUUUUUUAUUUAGUCAAAGCAGAUAGAACAACCAAGCUGGACGCGAUUUUUUUAAUUUAGUUAAAGUCAACUUGCACCAGUUUGUCAGGAUGAACUCUCCAAUAGUCAUAAUCAACUCUUCAUCCGGAAUGACUACAAACGUUGCAGCCUGGGGCUUGGCCCAGCUGGUUGGCCCACCUCCUUUCCCGCAAGGCUGGCUUUCUGGCCUGUCCCAGAUCCUGCAUUUCCCAUUCUCCCUUCAUAUAUAUAUAUAUAAGACCUCAAACAUAUAUAUUCAAGGGCUGCACUUCCUUUCCAAUGUCAAGUUCCGCGACGAAUUAGUAUAUUAUGACACUCCGAGGUUGGACUUUGGAAUGUAAAAGGGGGAGGCAAUCGUGAAAGCUAACCACUCCGAUAUCGUGGGUGUGGAAAAAGGAGAACACUCCUCCAAGAUCCAUGCUCCUUUAAACCUCAAACAUGGAUUCCUCAGAGAAAGAGGGACUCGUUGAAGAGUCUCUCUCGAGUACUUCCCAACAACCAGCCUGCAAUUCAAACCAAAGCAAUAUUUUCUCACUCUUUCUUGAGCCCUUUCAAUGGCUACAAAUGCUCUCUUCCCAGCUAAACCCAACUUUCAUCUUUGGCAUAGUCCUCGUCUAUGGCCUCAGCCAAGGCUUCUCCAGCUCUUUCUUCAAAGUAGUCACGGACUACUACUGGAAAGACGUUCAGAAAGUCCAGCCCUCGGUAGUGCAACUUUACAUAGGCCUAUACUACAUUCCAUGGAUUAUGAAACCUGUAUGGGGUCUAUUCACUGAUGUUUUUCCAAUAAAAGGCUAUAGAAGAAGACCAUACUUUGUGCUUGCUGGUGUUGUUGGGGGUGCCUCUGCGUUGAUGGUUGCUCUUUUCGGUAACUUGCCUGCUGCUUUGGCAUUGGGUUGCUUGAUAGGGGUUGCAGCAGGCAUGGCAAUAGCAGAUGUGACAAUUGAUGCGUGUAUUGCAAGAAAUAGCAUUAAGGUCCGAUCUUUGGCUCCGGAUAUGCAAAGCCUUUGUGGAUUUUGCUCCUCUGCCGGGGCUUUAAUUGGUUACUCCACCAGUGGGUUUUUUGUUCACCAUCUCGGAGCUCAGGGAGCUUUAAUUCUUUUGGCAAUCCCACCAGUUUUUAUCACAGUGUUGGGCUUUGUAAUCUAUGAAAUGAGAUCUACCAGCCUUCAAUCUGAGAAGCAGAAGGCAAUGGAAACGUUAGUAGUUGCCCUAAGGGGGAUGUAUCAGACAAUCAAGUUCCCUCAGGUGUGGAAGCCGUCACUGUACAUGUACCUCUCUUUGGCUCUGAGUAUAAGUACUCAUGAAGGGCAGUUUUAUUGGUACACUGAUCCGAAAGCUGGUCCUGCAUUCUCUCAGGAAUUUGUUGGGGUCAUCUAUGCAAUUGGUGCAAUGGCUUCAAUGGUGGGGGUUCUGAUCUAUCACAAGACACUAAAAGACAUUCCAUUCAGAAACCUACUCUUUUUCGCUCAACUCCUUUAUGGCACAUCCGGGAUGCUCGAUCUGAUCUUCAUCCUUCGAUGGAACUUAGUCCUCGGAAUCCCAGAUUACUUCUUUGUCAUUAUGGAAGAAUGUGUCUCACGAAUUAUCAGCAGAAUAAGGUGGAUUCCCAUGAUUGUAUUAAGCACCAGGCUUUGCCCUCUAGGCAUUGAAGGCACAUUUUUUGCACUGCUAAUGUGCAUUGACAGCCUCGGUUCCCUGACAUCCAAAUGGGGUGGAGGGAUUGUUCUUCAUACGUUGCAUGUCACCAGGACUGAUUUUACAAACCUGUGGUUGGUUGUUCUCAUUAGAAACACCCUGAGAUUUGCAACUCUGGGUCUAAUUUUUCUCGUCCCCAAGGCUGAUCAAUCAGAUGCUUUGAUCCCCCCAGAUAUUCUGACAAACAAUUCAACUGUAACAGCAGAUGAUGAGGGCUUGGAACUUGUCUCUAAGAACGAAAUAGAUGAAACUUAGCUGUUCUUUUACAUGUUUAUAUAAAAUAGAGCCUGGACCGGAAAAGAAUGAACCUGGAUGACACCCCCAGGUUCAUGGUUCUCAAGCUCAACCUGACGAUUGCAUUCAUACUCAGAAGUCAAGAGGGAUCAUUCAGGAUUUUUCCAAUUCCCUUCCUGAGAGUCCACUGCUAAAGUUGAUGGCUGGCUUCCCCAUUCUCCUGGGGAAUUUGUCAGUAUUUCUCACUUGAUGAUUCCCUCAUUUUCCCUUCCAUGGGAAGUUCUGUGCCGAACAUAUUGUUUCAUAAAAGGAGUAAGCUUUAAAUCAACGCUUCUCUUGUAAUUAUGGUUAUGAUAAGAUUAAUAUUUUUAUUAA